AUGGCCUUCCCCGUUUACCUGUGGCACAUAAUCAAGAACAGUUCGCGAGCUGAGCGACUCUCAUGCCUAAUCGUCCUUGUGCUCCUCAUAACUUGCGUCGGUCUUAUAGUUUAUUUCACGAUAAAGGCGAAAAACAACGCGGACGACUUCGUUGACGUUGCGCCACACGAGUGGAAUAUUUCGCGGCAAAUGUGGCUGGCGCAGCACUUCAUCACCAACUUCACUACCGAGCGCUUCGAGCCGCUGAAACUUGUGAUCAUCCAGCACACAGUCAGCCCGGCGUGCCCGCGGUUCGUGAUAUGCGCGGCGGAACUACGUAACAUGCAGUCCUGGUUUAUCCGAUACUACGAAUACGAUAUUCCUUACAAUUUUCUAAUUGGCAACGAUGGUCGAGUGUACGAAGGACGAGGUUGGGGUAUUGAAGGAGCGCAUACCUUCUCUUACAACCGUUGCUCUGUCGGCAUUGGAUUCAUUGGAGACUAUCGGGAAGAGUUUAAUGUGCACACAAGAGUAACUGAACUACAGCAGCAAAGAGCAAAGAUGAUACUCGACGAGGGUGUUCGCCUGGGACAUCUCGUUCCCGACUAUAUAGUGCUGGGAGGCAAGGACCUGCGGGAUACAGCCAGCCCAGGAUCGAACCUUUACAAUGCUAUCCGCAAGUGGGAACAUUACGGUCACGUAAAUCUAUGGAGAAAUUCAACCUGUGAAAAAAUGCAUGGCUUACCGCCCCUUAAC